AUGGACCUCAAGCUCAAUCUAAAGCUCAGGCCAAGCUUCUUCUUCUCAUUUCUGAUUUUCAUCUUCCUUCUCCAAAAACCUAAUUUGGGAUCAGCAUCUAAUAGUACUAAAUGUAUACCCACCGAGCUCCAAGCUCUUGUCACCUUCAAACAAUCACUUACUGAUCCUUCUGGUCGACUCUCUUCUUGGUCCGGACCUGACUGCUGCAACUGGCGCGGUGUUCUCUGCGACAGCAGAACAAGCCGUGUCAUCAAGAUUGAUCUCAGAAACCCAAAUCAACUAGUUUACUUCGAUGAGUCUGAAAGUAGUUGCUUGGGGGGGAAGAUACAUCCAUCUCUGACAAGUCUCAAGUUCUUGAGCUAUCUGGACUUGAGUUCAAAUGAUUUCAACGGCCUUGAGAUCCCCGAGUUCAUCGGCCACAUCGUUAGUCUAAGAUACCUGAAUCUUUCAUUCUCAUCCUUCUCUGGUGAAGUUCCUGCCGUUCUUGGAAAUUUGUCGAAGCUCGAGUCUCUUGAUCUGAACACUGGAUCACAGCCUUCCUUUUAUUCGUCUGCGUUUGAGUUGCGGGCAAGCAACCUCGGGUGGCUUUCGGGUCUGUCCUCUUCACUGACGUACCUAAACAUGGGGUCUGUGAGUCUGAUCGGUGCCGGUGAAACAUGGUUACAUGAUUUCAGUAAACUCUCGAAGCUGAAGGAGUUGCAUCUGUACAGCUGUGGGCUCGGGAACUCACCUCUCUCUUUGUCCUCGCCUGCGAAGAAUCUGAAGCUUCUUGAAGUUCUUGAUUUGUCUCAAAACUCUUUCAGUUCGCCCAUACCAAACUGGCUAUUCGAUCUCACCAGCCUCAAAAAACUACUCCUCAGACGGUGUGAACUCGAAGGCUCGAUACCUUCCGGAUUCAAGAAGCUGAAGCUUCUAGAGAAACUAGAUCUGUUCGAUAACAGACUCACGGGAGAACUUCCAGAUGUUUUCGGAUACCUUCCUCAACUGAAGUAUCUUGACCUUUCGAUAAACGAUCACCAAGGUCAAAUCCAUAGGUUUCUUGACUCCUUCUCCAUAAACAAAGUCAAUAGCUUGGUUUAUCUCGAUCUUCGUUUCAACAAGUUAAACGGAACAUUGCCUGAGUCGCUUGGAGCGUUGAGGAAUCUAGAGUUUCUGGAUCUUUCAUCCAAUUUCUUCACGGGUUCGAUCCCUUCCUCGGUGGGAAACAUGUCAUCGCUGAAGAAACUUGAUCUUUCUUUCAAUGCCAUGAACGGGACGAUCGCUGAAAGCUUCGGGAAGCUUGAGGAGCUCGAGGAGCUAUACUUGAUGGAGAACAGGUGGGAAGGUGUUCUGCUAAAGUCUCACUUCGUCAAUCUGAGAAGCUUGAAAAGAAUCUAUCUCACAACUGAACCAGACAGAUCUCUCGUCUUUAAGGUACCAUCUACUUGGGUUCCUCCUUUCAGACUAGAGCAGAUCAACAUCGCGAACUGCCAGAUCGGCCCUUCCUUUCCAAUGUGGCUUCAAGUACAAGACAAACUCAACUUUGUCACUCUCAGGAACACUGGGAUUGCGGAUAAAAUACCACACAGCUGGUUCUCGGGUAUAGCUUCUCAUGUAACUGAACUGAUUCUAGAAAACAACAGAAUCAAAGGUACAUUACCUCAUAAUCUUGUGUUCCCAAUGUUAAGGACCAUUGAUUUGAGCUCCAACAACUUCGAAGGCUCUUUUCCUCGCUGGACGACAGACGCAGCAUAGAUUUAUCUUUACCAGAACAACUUCUCCGGUUCUCUUCCUCUUAACAUCGACGCUUUGAUGCCAAGUGUGGCAAAAAUGUACCUCUUUGAUAACAGCUUCACCGGAGAAAUCCCACCGUCUCUAUGUGAAGUCACCGGACUGCGAAUCCUCAAUCUAAGAAACAACCGUUUCUCUGGUGGUUUCCCAAAAUGCUGGCAAAGUUCGUCCAGCCUUUACGGAAUCGACGCGUCUGAGAAUAACAUAUCAGGCGAAAUACCAGUCUCUCUCUGUGAGAUGUCUUCUCUCAAUGUCUUGCUUCUGAACCAGAAUGCAUUGGAAGGUAAUAUCCCAGACGCGUUUCAGAACUGCUCUAGUCUUACACACAUUGAUCUUGGAGGAAACAAGCUGACCGGGAAACUUCCGUCGUGGCUAAGUAAGGAGCUUACUCUGUCCAUGCUUCGUUUGCAGAGUAACUCCUUUGAUGGUCAAAUCCCAGAUGAUCUCUGCAACGUCCAGAAACUACACAUUCUGGAUCUCUCAGAAAACAAACUAUCCGGUCCCAUUCCAAAAUGCAUGGGGAGUCUAACAGCCAUCGCGCAAGGGGAAACCUCCCAGGGGUUUCAGGAUAUUGUCUCCGGAGUUACAAGAACUAGUAAAUACCAAGAUAUACUCGAUAGCAUAAAUCUUUCUGGAAACAACAUAACCGGAGAAGUUCCCGCGGAAAUAUUGAAGCUCUCUUACCUUCGAAUCCUGAACCUAUCAGGAAACUCCAUCUCAGGAAGUAUUCCCGGGAAAAUUUCGAAACUUGGUCACUUGGAGACGCUUGAUCUAUCGAGAAACAGGCUGUCUGGUGUAAUUCCUCAUGGCUUGGCAGCAAUAUCUUCACUGCAUACGCUGAAUCUUUCGUUCAAUAAACUGGAGGGGAGCAUACCUAAGCGUCUGAAGUUUGAAGAUCCGUCCAUUUACACUGGGAAUGAGUUACUAUGUGGGAAACCACUUACUAAAAAGUGUCCAAGGAAGCAUCCGACUGUUGUAGUUAAUUGA